ACCGUCUCCGGCAGCCCGCACUCUGCGCUAGCUGCCGCAUGCAUCUAUCCAUCGAUCGAUACAUGCAUCAAUGUGUUUAUAUAUAUAUAUAUUCCAUCUAGCCUACCAUAGCCAGCUAAUUACACGAUCCAUCCAUUUGCAUCAUCGUCGUCGUCUUCUUCGAUCGAUCGGCUGAUCCAGUAAUUCCUCGAUCGGUGGACGUACGCCACGCUACUAUCAUCAUAUCAAUCCCCGAUCGACAGGUUAACAUCGAUCGAUCAUCCAAGCCAGCCAUCGAUCCAUCAGAAUAAGCAGCUAGCUUGGAGACCGAUCGAUCGAUCGAUCAUAUGUCGAUUCGAUUCGAUCCGAUGGAGAGCAGAAGCAGCAGCAGCAGCAGAAGCGUGGUGAUGAUGUGCUGCGUGCUGAUGUUGAUGAUUGCGGCGGCGGCGCAUGCGGGCGAGCAGGAGGCGGAGGAGUGCGCUAGCCCGAUGAGCAUCGAGGAGGCGUGCCGGGGGGCAUCGGAGACGCACCACGCGGUGGCCUACGACCACUGCGUGGCGUCGCUGACGGCGGACCCGCGCAGCAGCAGCAGCGAGGCCCGCAGCCUGCACGGGCUCGCCAUGCUCGCCACCCGUAUGGCCAUCGACCACGCCACCAGCACCGUCUGCAAGAUGGACGACCUCGCGGAGCUGGAGCCCGAGGAUUCUUCGUCGCCGUCGGACGCGCGCGCACGGUUCGAGCACUGCCUUGAGCAGUACGGCGGCGCCGCCGACCUCCUCCGCGACGCCCUGGACAACCUCAAGGUCCGCAUCUACGGGACGGCCAUGGAGCAGCUGUCCGCCGCGCUGGGCGCCGCCGAGAGCUGCGAGGACGCGUGGAAGGGCGACGAGGGCAACAUCCCCAUCGCCGCCCACGACAGGGAGUACGGCAGGAUGGCCCACAUCGCCAUCGGCUUCACCCACGCCGCCGCCUAAUCUUCCUCCAUUUCUUCCUUACUUCCAUCUAUCGCCUGCCUGCCUCUGCCUAAUUUUAUUUCUACUACUCCUUAUUAAUUUGCAUUCUCAUCGAUCGAUCAUCCGCUGGAAUUUCUUCUUCUUUUACUUAAAUUAUUAUUAUUAUUAUUAUUAAUUGCUGAUUGAAUUGAAUAUGUACUGUAGGAUUUAAUUGUUCAUCAGAUGAAAGACGAAUGAAUAAUAACACGAUUAAUUUACUGUGUACUUUUUAUUUUC